AUGCGCAGCGAUGCAAUUUACAGAGCCAACGCGCCGCCGCCGGACGACGGACACGCGCUUACAGAGCAGAUGCCUCGGCUUAUUGUGGUCGGCGCACGUUGCACCCUUCUCACUCCCACCCCCACGCCCCGCCCCGCGCGGGUUCACUCGGCGCUCAACGGAUGCACCGAUGUUGCUGCUUGCGGCGCUGCUUGUGACACACACCCCGCCGCCGUCCCAUCUCCUCCUGCCGCCGCCGCCGUUGUUCUGCAACCGCCGCCAUCCCCUGCCCUCCCUCUCGCUUCCUCCUCCACCGCCCGCCCCCGACGCUUGCCGUGCCCGCUGCCGCCGCCGUUUCCACUCACUCUGCGCAGCGCUCCGCCGCCACCCCGCUACCGCUCCCACCUCCCUCCGUCCCGCCAUCCCGUUGCUGCAGGACUUUCCUCGCCCCUUGCCUCGCUCUCGUCUGCCGUGGCGAUGUCGGUGCGCGCCACCAACGGAUGCAAACGCUUAAUAAGGCGCGUUGGCCGACCAGUCCCCGACUCUACUCCUGCUCUGUCCCCGUGCACCGUCUGCCCCUGCCUCCUGCCUCACUCCAGCCCUGCACUAGUCUUCCCACUGCCGUCACUCCCUUACCUACCGCCUCCUCUCCCGCCACCGGCUUUGCCCUUGCCCCGCCGCUGCCUCGCUUCCUCCGCUUUCCCUCCUAAUGUGCUCUGCCCCGUCCUUGCCUGCCGUGCCGUCACUCACGCCCCCCGCCGCCAUCCCCUGCGCUUCCCUCCUCCCCCACCGUCAAUCCCCGCUUACGCGCGCCGUGCACCCUCGCGCCCUUCCGCGCCCUUGCCCCGCCUCUCGCUCGCCUGCCCCCCCACUGCGGAUGCUGUUGUCUGCCGAGCCGGCUCGCAAUCCGAUGCCAUGCGCUCGAAUGCGCACGGGACCACAGCGCAGAGUCAAAUGUCUUCAUUAUUCUCGAGAUUCCAGAUUAUGCACUCACCUGCUUCUGCUGAUGGUGUGAGUGGAAGGGAAUUUUACUUUACUAUUCUUCAAGCAUAUGGAUAUAUUGAAGUCCCAUUUACCAUCGCAGAUUCUGUUGAUGGAUCAUUUUUCAUUGCUACGGAAUUCCAUGGACUUCGCGUCAUUAUCGAUUCUGUUUAUGGAUCAUUUUUCAUUGCUACGGAAUUCCAUGGACUUCACGUCAUUAUCGGUACAACAUUCCUUUCGAUGUGCUUAAUACGACACAUUACAUUCCAUUUCUCAUCUAAUCACCACUUCGUAUUUGAAGCAGGAAGCACCGUUAGGAACGAGCUCAGUUCGGUGAACCGAGGGUUCGAAUCCCAUACAGACACGAUUGUUUACUUCUGCGUUGUGACGUGGUUGCUCUUCCAACUUACCAUUUAUUACUUUUCCAAGAAUAUUACUUCAUUCCUGGGCCAUCCAGGUGGUGCUAGGGCAUGC